CAACUAAACACUGCCCAGUCAGGCGGGACACUUAUUACCUUCCUGACAAAGUGUAUGUUAGUUGCCUUUAUUUUAACAACAUCCCCAGUUUUCUUCAGACUUCUCAAGCUUGGAACUUAAAAAUAAGAUCUGCAAAAGUAUUCUGAGGUCUUGUAAAGUGACGUUAAUAGCAACCACUCUAAUUCCUGCUAGAUGAGUGACCCAGCCAGAGAGUUAGACCAACCACAACCACCAGAUCAUGCUGGAGUCCAAGCCGUCUAUCAGAAGCUGGUCUUGUUGACAAAGCACAACCUAAAAAUACCUUCUUUUCAUAAAUACAACACACCUUUCAGUGAUGGGGAUUUACAGCCUGCAAAGAUAGUUGACCAUUACCUGACAGGAAAAGAACUUUACAAAGAGAUCAAAAAGUACUAUGGACUGUCAGGAGUGGACUUAGUGAGGCAAAUAUAUUCUGAGCAUUUGCUAGAAGGGAACCAGUCCAAUGCAGCAGUUUCACUCCCUAGCCAGAGGAUGAUUGAUAACAUCUUGGCCAGGAGAAGUAUUCAACGGCUUGAAAAGAAAAAACAAACGGUCAAAACGAUCAAAAAGCUGAAUGAAGAAAAAGUGUGUUUGGAGAAAAUGCUCCAGGAGUUACAAUUAGAAAAGAAAUCCUUUAGGCAUGAUUUCAAAGUGUCUCCUCGAGACAUGGAAAAUAAACGUACUCUACAGAAUCGAAUCCACGCUACAAUGGAGUGUUUGCCUGAACUAGAGGCCAGAGUCCAGAACCUCAGAGAGGAGCUUCAUAGAGAAGAUGAGAAGAAGCUAAGGCCUUACAUUGGAGAGUCUUUGUCAGUUGCUGCUGAGCCCGAUCAGCUACAAGAUAUGAAAAUGGUUCAAGAACUACUUGGUGAAAUGGUGGAAAAUCUGAUGGAUGACUACAUAAUACAUGUGCCUCAAGACAUACAACCAGAGUGUGAAAAGGAUAAACGAGUCAAGAUACUUGAGGAAAUGUCAUUUGAAAGAGCAGUUCAGCUCAUCAUGGAGCAGUUGGUUUUGGAGGUAACGUUUGAGAUGGCAAAGCAGCUGGGUCAGGAGACAUUCACUGACAAGAGCCUAACGUGGACUUUAGGUUUUGACAUAAUCUUCAGAGCCACAGAAGAAGCAAGUAACACCAAGAAACAGAGAGAGAAAAAUCAAGAUGAUGUUCAAACCCAUUUUAUCCUACAACAAAUCAAAGUCCGAGAUCACCACAGGAAAGAAAUGUGGAAACACACACUGGAGGAACAUGCUAAGGAUACAAAUGUGCAGAGAAUUGGCUAAAUUGAUGAUGGGUUGGCAUAACUUUAACACGUUUAUCUAUAAUGGCCCAAUUCUACUCCCAUUGAAGUCAGUAAGUAUUUUCCUUUGCCUUUACUGGGAAUAGGAUCAUGCCAUAAAUUAAUUAGUUAAUGCCAAAAUGCUAUCUUAAAGACAGUAAUUUCAUAUUAAAUACAUAUGAACGUUCAGUGGUAUCCAAAAUAUUGCCUGAAGCAUCUAAAUAAUCUUUAAAAGUCAUUCAUAUACCUACAUUAAAUUUAUUCUAUUAUUUAUUUUCAUUCAUGACUCAGAGCUUGAUGGAAGGAUCUUUCAAAAAUCGUAUGGGGACAGGCUUGCUUCGUAGCAGUCAGCACAGACACAAGAUUGAUUCUACCUUACUAACCAGCUAUCUGUUCCCCUCACAUUAUAUGUGCAUUCCAAACCCUGGCCCAGAUCCUGCAAACACUUAUGCAUGUGCUUAAUUUUGCUCACAAGCAGUUCUGUUAAUUUCAGUAGGACUACACACACGCAUAACGUUACUCAUAUGCUUAAGUGUUUACAAUAAUGGGCCUUUUUCUCUCUCUAAGAAAAAUAAAGUGGACCAUGCUCUCUUACUACAAUGGAUGCAUUAGGAUGUUUUAUAACUGAUGUAAAGACAAUGAACUGGCCAGGAGCUUUCUAGACAACUGUAAAAUAUUUAGUCUUUUUUUUUUUGGAGUCCAGACAUUUCCUGUGCUUCAACCCAAAGCAUAACCCAAGGUACAGUGAAUGAUUUCCAGACAAAUAGCAAAAGUAAACUUCCAGUGAAAAGCAACAGAAAACUGGCCUAACUAAAGUAACAGAUAUAGGAAAUGAACACAUUUUCUUUACAUACAAAGGUAGCAGAAUCUUCAUAAGCCAAAGAAGAGGACAUGUUAGAAACUUCUGGGCCAAGCAGGUAAUUCAUUUACUAGGUUCCAGCUAUAGUAGCUAAAUUAAAAUCUGCAAGACAGAGAUUUUCAAACUAGAGUGCUCUGGUGUAGAAGAUCCUGCUGUUGGCGCAACACAGCAUUAGGUAUUUCAGAAACCUCUCACCUGGGGAUGAUUUUAGGAAAGCUGCCAACUCCUAUGGGCUCAAAGGUGGGAAAUGCAGACAGUCCAAUAUUAGAACGAGGCCCAUGUAAAUGACGUCUGAAUAGUGGCUCCCUGUUGUCAUGGUGUUGUUUUUUUCAGGUCAGUGAUGGACAAAGUGCGCUGCCACUGGGUUCAGACUUGGCUUUAAGCGUCUAUUUGAGUCAUCUAUCUGAAUCCUAUGGCAGUGCACCUAGUCAUAUGAAAAAAUACACCUAUCUGAUCCCUACUUCCUUUCCUCAUAGGAGAUUCAGUCCUGCAGUUUUGUCAUUGAAAUCAAUGGGAGCAGAACUGGACCUGGAGCAGUAGGCAUUAUAAAGGCAGCAUUUCCUAACAGUUACUGCAUGAUGCAUCUGACAUACCUCAGUUUUUCAACAGAGAGCCACUAUUCAGACCUCAUAGAACAGGAAAUGGUAAUUGUGCUGUGUCUUUUGUGAGACAUGUUUUUAACGGUGACUGCUGAAUGGUGCACAGUAUCCCUGUACAUAUGCUUUUAACAACUAUUAAACUUCUUGAUGACAACAUUUA